AGUGUGGUGAAUAUUUCUGCCUCCUGCCCUCUCCGUGUCACAUUCCAGCUUCUAGGGCACAGCGUCCUCCUGCCAUGGGUUAUAAAGAGAAGCACAGCUCUAGUAUGCAUCUGCACUCGGCGAUAUGAUCACCUUUUGCCUCCAGUGAAUUUUUUGAAUUGUUUUGAAUAGGCAAACAGACUCUAGGAGAGUUUACCUUCCCACUUUUUGCUUUUGGACUUGUAUGGAUUCUCAUUUAUACAGAAAGCUCACUUAUGCACAGUGGAAUACUCAGUCUUUUACGGCUUCGGUUCAGAUGUGUGUGCAUGGACAGAAUACAAUGGUGUGACCUUAUAGCUUUCGCACAGAUGGACCACUACUGUAUGUAUCGACACACUCCAGUACCACACAAUAAGUGAUCCAUAGAGCGUCCGUGGAUGAAAUGGUUACAAGUUCCCUCAAUGAAAGGCAAGCCACUACUGAUGAGAUGGCUUUAGUAAGCAAUGCACUGGCUGCUUACUCCUUCAUAGCAGAUCACCCAGAACGGGCGGCACUGUAUUUUGUGUGUGGAGUGUGUUUGGGACUGGUUCUCACUCUCAUCGCGUUAGUGGUGCAGAUCUCCUGUCGAACCGACUGCAAAAGGCAAAAACAAGCACCCAGGAAAACAGGAAAGACUGCGGAGAGCACCAGUGACACGAGCGACAGCGAUUCGGACUGGGACAAUACCUCCGAUCUGUCAGCACGCCGCCACCGGCGCUUUGAACGGACGCUCGGUAACGUGUUUACCUCCGCCGAAGAGCUGGAGCGCGCGCAGCGACUGGAGGAACGCGAGCGGAUUAUACGGGAGAUCUGGAUGAACGGACAGCCGGACAUGCCGGGCACACGCAGCCUGAAUCGCUACUAUUGAAGUCUUUGUAGAUUUAAGGAAAUAUUGAACAAUACAACAGCUAUUACUUUUUUGGGGAUACAGUAAGGGACUAAGACAUGAGCAAAGCCAACACUUACAAGACGUCAAGGAACAUCUCUUCUGGUGGCACUGGCGCUCGUGUUUUUGAAGGUGCACUCAGUAUAUUUUUUUGUUCAUUUUACUGUGCCAAUAGUUACACUCAUAGACAUCAUAAUAUGGUUACACUGACCACAAGAUACUGACACUUAUACUGACACCUAGUGGCGUGGAUGAAAAAGCAACACUUUUAAUUAUUGAUGACACUGUAGAAAUAUCCACCACUUGGAGAACAAGGUAAUUACUCAUUUGGAUCAAAUUGAUCAAAUCUACAUUCUGCCCAGCUCCAAGUGUAAAUAAAACAAAAUAACUGUUUUUAAGUUACUGAUUUGACUGUUGACUUCAUCUUCAGGAGUGCUAUUUGUUUCUAAAUGAGGGAAAUUACUGAGUGCACCUUUAAUGAAAACUUGUUUUAAUGAAGACUUCACCAAUAUAAGGUGAAUAUAAAACAGAUGGAGAAAAAUAAAAUGCUUGAGCUUUGAAUAUGCUUGCCUUGAAAUACUGUAUUUUUAAUUAGAAUGAAUUUCGUCUGAAAUUAGGUUUGGUCACAUGAACAUUGGUCAAUUCAGACACCUAAUUUUAUUAAGAUCUUAACCUUUUUAGUUGGCUGUAAUAUUUUUUAUUUAAGCAAUUCUGUUACAAACACUUUUAUUAUACAAAAGCUUUGUCUUGGAGCUCAGGGUUUUCAUGACCUCUGUGAAGGAUUUCUUCUCAUUUCUAAGAUAUACUGUCAACUGACAAAAAAUGAUUGUCUGUGCCUGCAUUUUCAAAAAAAUCACUGUAGAUACUUGGAGAACUUGCAGACAUCUUUUCAUUUUUACAGCGUAUAGGCCUUUUUCAAGCAAGUAUUAAUUAUGCAUGGAAGACAAUCACCUCUAUUUGUACUAUAUUUUUCACAGAGUAGUAUGCAUUUUCAACCUGGUGCUAUAGUUAAAAUCCAUCCCGUGCAUGAGCACAGUUGAGCAAUCCAACUAUGGUCCAGAAAUGUCAGAUAUGUUAUCAAAUAUGUCCCUGUCCGUAUUUUACCCUUUGGUGUUCAACAUAUGCAGCAUUUUAAUGUUGUAACAAAGAGGCUCACAUGCUUCCACACUGAUUCAGUUCAAGUGUUUCAAAAAUACUUUAAUUUCAUAGAAAUAUAUGGAUUUAUUAAAAACUUUAUUUGUGGGGAA